CCAGUCAGACAGGCAGAGACGGCGAGACAUACUUCAGCGAUUGUCACCGAAAUAUAAUGUUUUAUUCAACGAAGUCAACGGUAGACGGUCUAUGGAUUUAACUCUACAGAUGCAAGUAUUAUAAUUCAGUCCCGGGGAUGCAGAGCCCCCCUCACCUCCUGACCGUCAGUGCCUGUGCCUGGGUCAGCAACCUCUGUCACCUGGGAGAGAUUGUCCCGGGCGACUCCCUGGAGGUGCCAAACGAAGCCGCCAUGUCGGUGACCGUCCAUGAGAAUCGCAAGUCCCGCACCAGCACAGGCUCCAUGAACAUCUCGCUGUUCCACAAGCUCUCGCACCCCGACAGCGUCCUGACCCACUUGAACACGUUGAGGAAACAGUGCAUGUUCACCGAUGUCAUCCUGUGGGCCGGGGACCGCUCGUUCCCAUGCCACAGGGCUGUCUUGGCGGCGUGCAGCCGGUACUUCGAGGCCAUGUUCAGCGGAGGGCUGCGAGAAAGUCUGGACAGCGACGUCAACUUCAGAGACAGUAUACACCCCGAGGUCCUGGAGCUUCUGCUGGACUUCGCCUAUUCGUCUCGAGUCAUCAUAAACGAGGAGAACGCCGAGUCGCUGCUGGAGGCGGGCGACAUGUUGCAGUUUCAUGAUAUUCGGGACGCGGCAGCUGAGUUUCUAGAAAAGAACCUGCACUCCUCCAACUGCCUGGGGAUGAUGCAGUUAUCGGACGCCCAUCAGUGCAAAAGACUGUACGAGCUGUCGUGGAGGAUGUGUCUGUUACACUACGAGACGGUGAGAGAAUCUGAGGAUUUCUACAGCCUGUCUAAAGAUAAGCUGCUGGAGCUCAUCCUCAGCGAUGAGCUGGAAAUAGAAGAUGAGCAGGUCGUGUUCUACUCUGUGAUGCGGUGGGUGAGGUACGACCUGGAGGGUCGGCGUCACCAUUUACCGGAGCUGCUGAGGGGCAUCAGGUUGGCUCUGCUGCCGUCUGAGUGUCUGCUGGAGGCCGUGGCCUGUGAGGAGCUGGUCAUGGCUGACAAGAGGAGCAGGUCAAUAGUAGAAGAGGCAAUGCAGUGUAAGAAGAAAAUCCUUCAGAAUGACGGAGUAGUGACUAGUCCCUGUGCUCGACCGCGAAAGGCAGGCCACACACUGCUUAUACUGGGAGGCCAGACCUUCAUGUGUGACAAGAUAUACCAGGUUGACCAUAAAGCCAAGGAGAUCAUACCGAAGGCAGACCUCCCCAGCCCCAGGAAGGAGUUCAGUGCGUGUGCCAUCGGCUGUAAGGUUUACGUCACAGGAGGAAGGGGAUCCGAGAACGGAGUCUCGAAGGACGUCUGGAUCUACGACACUGUCCAUGAGGAGUGGUCUAAAGGAGCACCCAUGCUAAUAGCCAGGUUUGGCCAUGGUUCAGCUGAGCUGGAGAACAGUCUCUACGUUGUUGGAGGUCAUACAGCCAUAGCGGGAGUUUUUCCCGCCUCUCCAUCCGUCUCCCUAAAACAGGUGGAGCGGUAUGACCCCCUCAGUAAUAAAUGGACUAUGAUGGCUCCUCUAAGAGAUGGAGUCAGUAACGCGGCCGUUGUCAGUGCCAAACUCAAACUCUUUGUUUUUGGGGGGACAACCAUACACCGAGACAAGGCCUCCAAGGUUGGUGGAUUUGUCCAAUGCUACGACCCCGUGGGUAACCGCUGGAAUAUUGCGGCCGAAUGCCCCCAGCCAUGGCGCUAUACGGCGGCUGCUGUCUUAGGCAGCCAGAUCUUCAUCAUGGGCGGCGACACCGAAUUCACCGCCGUCUCCGCCUACCGAUUCGACUGUGAAACCAACCAGUGGACUCGAGUCGGGGACAUGACGUCCAAGCGGAUGAGCUGCCACGCCGUGGCCUCAGGAAAUAAGCUGUACGUGGUCGGAGGUUACUUCGGGACGCAACGGUGUAAAACGCUGGACUGCUACGACCCCACGUCAGACAGCUGGAACUCCAUCACCACAGUGCCUUAUUCACUGAUCCCCACCGCCUUUGUCAGCACAUGGAAACACCUACCUGCCUAACGGGGAGAACACCAGCGGACAAUAAUUCCAGGAAUGGGGAGCGAUCCAGGCAGAGCAGAGUCCUAAUGGCGUGGUACAUCGGGGGAGGGUAAACGGUGACUGCUCUCGAAAGGAACACGUUCUCAUUGCUCGUCGUCUCUUCAACACAUUGAACAAUCUAGUUCAGUUGAAGGAGUUGCUCUUUGCCACACAGCGUGACUACUGGGGUUACAGGUUCCUGUUCAUCAGCCAGAACCGGAUGAAUUGUUGGGGAUUUGGACCUUCUUAAUGCUCGUUGUAACCCAAACCAACGUGUCCCUCAGCACAACCGGGGGAACUUAGAAGUGUAUUUAGAAAAGAGUCCAUCUACGCUCUGACUCGAGAAGGGAAGCUGGAGCGUCGUAGUUUGAAGCGUUGGGCCUCUGACCAAGCGGCGGACUUUGAUGGUCAGUGACUCCACUCAACUGUCCUGGAUUUCAUGGUCCCCCAAGGAUGAAUUGUGGUCAUUUUGACCAGUUUUGCACUUUUAACAUUGUGAUCAUAAGCAUGUUAGCACGCAUUUAGCUCCAAACCUCAGUCAACCCUAAGUUUUCUUUUUCUUCUAGUGGCAAGGUAAACAUUUAAUUCAUACAUAUUCAUACAAUAUUCAUACAAUUCGUAUAUUUAAUUCAAUGCAUAAAUUGUUGCCUUUGCCAGAGAUAAAAACAAAUCAUGGCCAAAAGCUACGGUGUCCAUGAAAACACAACAGCAAACUUAAAAUACACUGAUAAUUGUGUACAAAAAUGACUCAAGAUUUUUGAAACGUUUGAGAGAAGAAAAAAAACACAUAAUAGAAAAAAGAUUAAUUUGGAACAAAUUUGCACAACAUUUUGAUCUGCAACCGUUGUUGCGUUCACCCUGGCUUAUUAUCACUUGUGAAUAUGAUCGCUUUAAAGUGGCCCUGCUGCCUGUCAUUCCCACUGUGACACACACACACGCGUAAUCCUUACUUCUCUAUUUUCCAGCUCAGCAGCUCAUACUUUCACUGCUUCUGCUCUCAGAGCUGCUUUUUUUUUCAUAAUGGAAACCAGUUUUAAUGCGGAGCUCUUUCUUCUGUUAAUGCAUGACAGCAGAUUAAUCCACGCCCUGAGACCCAACUGCGAGCUGAGCCCAGUGAGACUGUUUCACCAUCCCUCUCUCGGUUUAUAUCUGUGGAAAAACGGUCUCUGAACAGCCUUUUAAAUGACGCAUCACUCGUCAAGAGAGAGAGAACCGAUUCGAGAUCUUUUACAGAUUAUAAAGGGAAAUUCUUCAGAGACACUAAAACAGUGGCUGCAGAUGAAAGACUCGUUACCAACAUGUCACAACAUGACCCCCCCCUUGUCUCUUUCAGGUGUUGAUUGUCUGCUGAAAAGCGACUCUGACUGGAGGAGAAUCUUCUGAGGCCCGACCCCCUGCGGUCUGCGGCUGGAGCUCCACACAGGACCAAUCCUUACAAAACAAAAGUUGCAUCACACAGACUCUGAGUCAGUCCUGAGCGGCGUGGCAAACAAGCCAACGGCACAGCAACAGGUCCUCUCUCUCUCUCUCUCUCUCUCUCUCGCUCUCGCUCUCGCUCUCUCUCUCUCGCUCUCUCUGUGUGAGGAUGCUUCCUGGAGAAUGUGACACUCCUCAGACACUUGACUGAUGGAGCGCUCAUACAAACCUGAGGGAUUUUGUGUGUUUCUUUAAUGUCUUUAAAAUGUUACGACUAAAACCAUUCCAGUGUAAACGAAUGAACACUGUUAAUUGAUGACAGCGUUAACACACUCCAGCGGUUUCCCUCAAAGAAUACAAAGGAGCCCAAAUGACAGCAGUUCAGUUUCCUGUGAACCUGAACCCAGGAAACCUGACUUCAGGUUGCACUGCACAUACUGACUGUAUUUACUAGUAUUGCUACCACGUGUGCACCAAUACAGUGUUAAUGGGUUUGAGAGGUUUAGAUCCGGUCAAUGAGGAUUUAAACUGUCGUCUUUUUAUCUUCUACAUAAGGAACAAAUGUGUAUGUUGGGUCAUUCUUGGGAACUCGUGGAGGGCGCAAUCCUCCUCACGAUGCAUUCAGACAACACUACGUGGAGACGCAACACUAGCACAUCCCUGUGUCUUCAUACGAUGAGUAGAGAGCUACAGGUGGAAGGAUGCAGGGAACAGAAGUCCCGCCACACCUGGAGACACGAAGCGGACAUCUCGGCCCCUUUCUGAUUGGGCUGUCCCAGACUUUUUAAUCUUUGGGUCCCAGGUGCUUUUGUAUUGUACUUCAUUCUGAGCCCUGCCUUUGCACUCGUCACGUCAAAGGAUCCUUUUAGCGCAUGAAGCGGUCUUGUGAGGCAGUUAAGUUUGACUUAUCAUCAUUUUGGGAACUUGAAACGACAUCAAUCGUUGUGGUAACAUUACUAAUUCAGGAAACUAAUCAAUAGUUUUACAAAAGACGGCCACAAUAAUUCAAAAUUCUCUCUCACACACGGUGAGAGAAAAGAACAUUUGUAUCCCAAGUGAAGAGGUGGCACCUUCACGCAACACAAAGUCCACGGAGAGCAAUGAAUUGUUUUUCCCCCACCCGGUGUGGGGGCGGGACUUAAUAUAUCCACAAAUCUAUACGGAAACCAUGGGAUGGUGAUUUUGAUGAGAUCUUGUUGAAGACUUACUGAAAAGCGUCAGCAAAAAGUCUUUUAACCUCAUUUCUGCUUUUGGUGACGAGGCUGAAACCUCUUGCAUGACUAAUUUCUGUAUAUGCGUUUACUUCCAAAAGAAUAACAUGUGGGGGGGGUUUGUGGACAGCUGAGCGGUUUAAGUUGCACAUGCACUCAUUUUCUAUUUCCAGAAGCAUGUUUGAGUGUUGAAGGAACAUGUGGAAGUGCACAGCACCGGGGGCUUUGAUGUAUUGGUUUGUAUAGGAGCAAUAUGAGGAGCAGAGAUGCACGGCGUGUCCUGCAGAAACCACCACUGCCAAAGAGCCGCUUGGAAGCGGAACCCUAAACCGAAUAUACAUUUCUUAUUUUUCUGUAACACCUAUGCACUUUUUUUGAUAUUCCUCAAUGCAUUCGUUAGCGUCCUUUGUCCCACAGGUGUGCAAUGUUUUUCUACAUGCUGGAAAUGACACCAGCUGUCACAAGAUUGGGGGGGGGAAUUAAAAAAAAGAUGGCACAAAACGGAUGAACGUGAUUUCUGCAGGACACGGAUUGCAGGUGGCUUUGUCUGAUGCAGUGUUUGCUGUUUGAGUCCUUUGCACUGGGCCUCUGUCCAACAGUUAAAUGAGUUCAUGAGUGUAAAAAGAGUUGCGUCACUUCUUAGAUUUCUGCUGCUGCACAGAAGCUCAAAUACUCGCCACCUGUUCUUUAGAAUUUCAGGUUGUGAACGCGUUUUUGAAAGAAGAGGUUUUAUUUUGUUUUUUUUUUAAACAAGGAAAAACUGAAGAUACUUCUGAGGGGGGGGAGCAAAACAAAUGUAGAUGCUGUAUGUUUUUACUGGUGAAAAUAAACUGACUCACUUUUCAAA